UUGGCUUCUGCGACCAUUCAAAAGAAGCGAGUCACUCUUAUUCCUGGGGACGGCGUAUGGCCCGAGUUAUUCGUCUCGGUCAAACAUGUAUUCAGAGAGCUCGGUGUACCGGUUGAAUUCGAGGAGCUUCAUAUGAGGUACACAGUUACUAUAAAUAAUAAAGUUGGUCUAAAAGGAAUUCUUCGUACCCCCGUUGGUACUCAAGAGUUGAAAACACUCAACAUACGAAUGCGACGCAUUUUGGAUUUAUAUGCCAAUGUAGUCCAUAUUCGCAGUCUGCCCGGAUUGCAUAACAAGCACGGGGCGUUGGAUUUUGUUAUUAUUCGUGAACAGCUGGAAGGCGAGUACUCCGCAUUGGAACACGAGUCUGUGAAAGGUGUGGUGGAGUCUUUGAAAAUCACCACUCGGCAUAAUUGUGAGAGGAUUGCCAAGUUGGCUUUCGACUAUGCUGUCCGAAACAAACGACACACAGUGACCGCUGUGCACAAAGCCAAUAUAAUGAAGCUAGGUGACGGUCUGUUUCUGGAGACGUGUCAGAAUGUCUCUAGACUCUAUCCACACAUAAAGUUCAAUACGAUGAUUAUUGACAAUUGCUGUAUGCAGUUGGUCAGCCGUCCAAAACAGUUUGAUGUCAUGGUAAUGCCAAACUUGUAUGGAAAUAUCAUUGAUAAUCUUGCCUCUGGUCUUGUCGGCGGAGCUGGAGUUGUUCCCGGUGUGAGUUAUAGUCAUGAGGUACGUUUCGAUGCUUGUUAA